UUGUAGCAGGUUACGUAAAGCUGGUUUUAGUCGCUGCGUGGGCGUCAGUCAGGCUUCGCGUCAGUCGACAAACCCGUGCCUGGUGUAGGGCGUGUUUUUGCUGUGCAGAAAACAGACAAGUGGCAUCAUGUCCCAGACUGGUGACACCGGAGACGCCACACCCCAGCAGCAAGGCCAGACUGAAAGGAGACCACUUGCGAACGCCGGUGCGACUACAUGUUUGCCAAACCCGAUGUACGUCUCCGGAGCAGACGCCACACUCGAGCAGCAAAACCAGACUUAUUUGAUGUCAGUUGCGGACGCCGCCGCGACUAUACCAAACGCGAUGUACGCCUCCGGAGCAGACGCCACACUUGAGCAGCAAGACCAGACUGAUUGGAGGUCCCUUGCGGACGCCGUCGCGAAUAUACCAAACCCGAUGUACGCCUCCGGAGCAGACGCCACACCCGAGCAGCAAGACCAGGCUGACUGG